AUGGUGUUCGCCACGCACGAGGCAACCGUCGUGUCGGACGAGCUCAGCCUCCCGGCUAUGGCCCGCCAGCUUCCGGCCCCGCUCUUGCCGGACGCCCUGCGCCCGCCCUACUACCGCGCGGCCUUCGCGGCCGCGCUGCACAAGCCGCCCACCCCCUUCGAUGCUCACCCGGGCACCAGCCUCCCGCCGCUCGACGUCUGGCUCACGUCCCUGUUCGCCGGGUCGCGCGUAUCGCCCAGCGUCUUCGUCGCCGUCCUCGUCUACAUGGACCGCCUGCUGGCAAACUGCCCGGCCUUGCAGCUCACCGCCGCCAACGUCCAUCGCAUCGUCGCCGCCUGCUUCGUCCUCGCCGUCAAGGAGCUCGAGGAUAACCCCAUCUGGACGCCCCACAUGGCCGUCCUCACGGGCAUCUCGCUCUUUGAGCUCAAGGGAUUGGAAAUGGCCGCCCUGCGCCUGCUCGACUACCGCACCUACAUCCCGGUGUCGGAGUUUGAAAGGGCAGAGGCCAUCUUCAUUGCGGAAGCCGUCGACGCAGCGGAAGAGGAGGGUCUCCAGCUCAUCAUGACCCUCGCCGCCAUGCGCGUCACGGAAGGCCUGGACCGCGCCAUUGCCCACGUCCAGUCGUGGGACCACAUGGAGCCGUCGCACCAGCAGCCCGCGCAAUCCCAGGGCACCACGUGCGUCUGGACUCGCGUCCCCGGUGGCCCCGCCCCGCCCCGCGAUUGGACUGUCAAGUUGUGCGCCACGGCUGCCGCGCUCGCCGACUUGCUGUUUCCGGGCAUCCCGUUGCGCCCGCGCCGCACCUGCCAGCCCGAGGCCCUCGUCCUGGCCGCGUGGGGCAUCCCUGGCGUCCUACGCUUCCGUGCCCUCAAGGGGCUGGUCCUCAACGCCGAGAUGGCCGACCUCGACCUCGUCCUCCCGCCGCUCGUCAAGGGCGCGCAUCUCUCGCGCGACCUGCGCCGCGUCCGUCGCACCCACAAGCCCGCCAUGGGAAGGACGGGCGCCUUUUUGGUCGCCGAGCAGUGGGACCUGGUCCAGCCCGCGGACGAAGACGACGUGCCGCUCUUGUUUGGCGAGCGAGCCAUCCUCACUCCGUACCGCGACGCCACCUCGACGCCUCCGUGCUUCCGCCCCACCCCACAGCCGCGCUUCGUCGCCCUGCCCAUCCCCGACGACCCCCAGCACCCACCCACCCACUACCCGCUCGGCUUGGAGCCGUGCACUCCCCCACCAAGCGAGCACCUAUGGAAUCACUGGUGGGCGGAAAAGCGCCUCGCCCAGCUGGAAAGGGAGUUCGAGGACAGGGUCCUCCAAGGCAUGGUGGACAACGGCCGCCUGUACGCCGUCGACUCCCGCCGCCGUCUCCUCAUCGCCGCUGGUCCCGCCGGGCUUCACGCCCACCCUCUCCGCCGGCGGCGACAACGGCGGCGCGCCUCACGGAGGGGAUACGCUGCAGUUUGGCAGCUUUGGGGCUAUCGCGGGCCACAGCAUCUGGGCCGCCGCGGCCGUUCCGCCACAGGAACAAGAGCCGGCGGCAUGGCUUGCCCAAGAUGUUGUUUCCGUGGCCGAGGCCGUCGCCCUCGACGUCUUGCAGGGCGACGAGGAAGAAGACAACGGCGCCGACGGCAGCAGCAGCAGCAGCGCCAUGACCGGCACGGGCUCGACGCAGGAGGGGGCUUGCCCACCCCUCUCGGCAACCAUCCGACGCCGACGCUCGACGACGCCAUGGCACGAGCGUCGCGCAACCGCCGAAGGAUGGAACGACGCGCCGAGCGACAACGGGACAGAUGGCUCGGAGGCGGAGCGGCACAACGGGUCAGAGUCGGGCAAUGACUGCCGCAGUUUCCUCGACGAGCUUCGAGAGGAGCGGGCCCGGCUCUCGCACGACCGCCCAGCCGAUCGUCGUCCGCAACCGGCCAGCGUCAGGGGUGCUGGGAGCUCUGCUGGUCGCUCGCGACGGCGAAGGGCAAGGUACUGGACGGAGGCAGCGCUCGAGCCCGCCAACCAAGGUCCGCGCACAACGGGCCUUCGCGAGCAAGCGCCAGCGGCGGCGGCGGCGGCCUCAGGGCCUUGUCAAGCGGUCCCCCCACAUCCACAACAACAACAGGGGGGGAUCUCAUCAAGAAGACUUGGGCCGGUCGCACCGGUCGAGCAGCUGCAGCCCGUCAUCUCGGGCGAAGAGAUGUACCGGGCCUUGGCGGGAAUAGAAGUCUCGCCCCAUGGUCGGCCACGGCCACAGCCUCGUCGCGAUCAAGGGGUGGGAUGGGGUCCAGGUCUCGGCGCAAUCGAGAAAAGCGCCGGGUGGAGAAGAAGAUACCGCCAGAAGCCACGCCGACGCACGCGACCCGACCCCACCAACGAGCCAAGCAAUGCCGACCGAGGCAGUGGUUCCUCGCUGCGGCUCAACCUCAAAGGCCGCAGCUUGCACGGUCGGGUCUCGCACCGGCGUGCGUUUUCCGAAGUCUGCGGCAUGCAAGCAGAGGGCGAAGAGACGGACGAUAGUCCGACUGUAGUUUUAGGGUCGCGGUUCAAGGCAGCGAAAAGUAACUCCGGAAGGAUAAUAGUAACUGCCAUGUAAAAAGAAAAAAAAAACGAAUCGCAAAAGAAA